AUGGCCUUGAAUACUGCGAUGAACGCUGCUGGCUCAGUCCCGGAUGACAAGGAGGCGGUCAUCCAGGAUAUUCUCAGGGAGGUGGUACCUGGCGAUGCCGAGCAAGACGUGAGAGUUCGUCAGUCUAUCCUAGAUGAGGUCAGUGGUCUGUCACUACAAACCAUAUCUAAGCUGCCCCAGACCUUCUGGAGUACAGCAGCGAAUGAUGCGCUGGUGAUAUCAGGAACCUCAUCAGACGAGGAGAAAGCUCGGAUCACGAGGCUGAGGUUGGUCUUGGCAUCGAGCGGAGAAGCUCUCACUGCUCAAGUACUAUGCUAUGUUAGCACUGCUGCUGAAAAGGUCAAACGGGAAAUUCAGCUAGCGAAGCUUCCGGAAGCGGACGUUAGUGGUUUGGUGACUAAGAUCUCUAAUAGGUUACAGGUCAAGUUCACCCCAGCACUGAUCCCGCCGAGUAACGUUGUGGCCAAGUGUAAGGCUAAUAAGUUUGUCGAAUUAGCCGAAUGUCGUGUAUCGGAUGCUGAGUACAGUAGCACUCGUAGCGAGCUAGCUACGUCGGUCACCGGGGCGAACGUUGAGAUCCUGAAGAAGCCAAGCGACAGUUCGAAGUUUCUUUUGAGUGGCGAAGUUACAGUGUGUCUUCUGCGCCUCAUGAUGGCCCUCUGGUUGGUUGCACCCGAACAGGGUAACUUUCUCGUCUUUCUCAAUUAUGUUUUACGUGUCACCGAGAUGGGGAACCAUGGUUGGGGCCGAGCUUUGCGCCUCGACCGUCGACAUCGCGAAUCUGUCAUCACCCGUAUGGCAGCAGACAAGAGUCUCACCAUUUAUGAUAUGUUUGAGGAUGAUGUCGUCACGGCUAACUUUGCCAAAGCCACCUUGGAGUACGAGACCAGUAACGGUAAAGAUAAGAAAAAAGGAUGCGUCGGCGAAGGGUUCCCAACCGCGCAAGAGAUGGAGAAAGUCCAGUUCUUGAAGCCUGCUGGUGCCGCUGCCAAGACUGACAAGUCUUCUAAAUUCAAGCCUGACGAGGAGAAGAGGAAGUAA